AUGGCCUCCACCCUUUCCUCGAGCGAAUUGCGGCUUAUGCUGCUUACUGGUGAACGAAUCGGCUUCGGGCGGAGCGAGAAGAUGUUGGAUGGACCGGUAACCCCCCGGACUGAAAAAACACUCAGGCUUUGCCCUCAAGCAUUGUCCGGGUUGGACUCGGGUAAAGUUAGAGAGCCGGAGCCGGAAAGAAACGUGGACUGA